AUGACCAUAGCAAAAUUGGACGAUAUGCCAUUGCUCACACCGAAAUUGGGAGUGGAAUUACGAUACGCGCAAUCAAACGGGUUGCUUUGGAAAGAUAUCUGGAUUCCGAGCAAUACCCCGCAAGCACCCCACGAAAGACCAAAGGGGACCACCGCAGAGCACCAUGGCAGAAAGCACAGCAAGGCCCAUCCAGCCGCCUCCAAAAGACCUAACCCCGCAUUCCGCACCCCGCAGCUCGAGACCAUCUCCCAGAUCGAGGCGUCCCUAAUCCUCCCGCAAUUCACCGCCGCCGACGCCUGGCGCCUUGGCAGCGCCCUGCGCGAGCGACUCCUCCCCAUCCCGACGCCCGUCGUGAUCAACAUCUCGCUGGCGAAUGCGAACCAGACGCUGUUCCACACCGCGACGCAUUCGGGCGUCAUGCCCGACAACGACGUGUGGGUGGCGCGCAAGCGCAAGACCGUGCUGCGCUGGGGCGUCAGCACUUGGUACCUGCAUUGCAAGUUCGCGGGGGACGAGAAGGCCUUCGCGGAGAAGUAUGGGCUGGGCCCGAGCGCGGGCGAGUAUGCGAUUCAUGGUGGCGGCAUCCCAAUUCGUGUGAAGGGUGUGGAGGGUGUGGUGGCCGUGGUGGUGGUUAGUGGGUUGAAGCAGCAUGAGGAUCAUGCGGUUAUUGUGGAGGUCUUGAAAGAGUUUAUAUAG